GCCCGGAUGUUCGCCAUCUUGAGAUGAAUAUCGUGUGUUGAGUGGUUAUUCCCGAAGUUAGAGUUACCGUCUGCACGCUGAGAUUCAGGGGGUACCACCACAUUUCUUUACGAUGGCAACGCAGGUUGAUCUAGACACACAGUUGGAUUGCGCAUUGGACUUAAUGAGAAGACUCCCGCCACAAGAGAUUGAAAAGAACCUCAGUGACCUUAUAGACUUGGUUCCAGAGCUCUGUGAAGACCUGCUGUCAUCGGUUGAUCAGCCACUCAAGAUCGCUCGGGACAGCUCAGCCGGGAAAGAUUAUCUUCUGUGUGAUUAUAACAGAGACGGCGAUUCUUACAGGUCACCCUGGAAUAACAAGUACGACCCACCCUUGGAAGACGGAGCAGUACCUUCCGCCAAACUCCGCAAGCUCGAGGUCGAGGCCAAUAUUGCCUUUGACACCUAUAGAGACCUAUAUUUUGAAGGGGGUGUAUCUUCAGUGUAUCUUUGGGAUCUUGACCAUGGCUUCGCUGGGGUCAUUCUCAUCAAGAAAGCCGGAGAUGGAUCCAAGACCAUCCAGGGAUGCUGGGAUUCCAUCCACGUCGUUGAAGUACAAGAUAAAUCAAGUGGACGCAAUGCACACUACAAGUUGACAUCAACUGUCAUGCUCUGGCUACAGACCAACAAAAGCGGCUCCGGUACGAUGAACCUCGGCGGAAGUUUGACACGGCAGUCCGAGGGGGAUUGUCAAGUCAGUGAGGCAACUCCCCACAUCGUCAACAUUGGCAAGAUGGUUGAGUCAAUGGAGAACAAAAUGAGAACUACACUUAAUGAAAUCUACUUUGGAAAGACGAGAGACAUCAUUAAUGAUUUAAGGUGUGUCUCCAACUUAAGUGCAAAGGACCAGCAACAGCAGCUAGCAAAGGAAUUACUUCAAAACUUUCAGGGUCGCAAGUAAGCGUGGCUCCCCUAUCUCAACAGAGAUACUAUACAAGUCUACAGAGGGCUUUUUCAUUUUCAGCAGCGCGGAUGGGAUAACACUUCGAUUAACGACGUGGGUUUGUUGCAUUCCGUUUUAGGGCAACAGCCUGUGGGUCAAUGCAUUUAGGAAGUCGACCCAAAUUUAUAUACAGGGGGUAUACUUGCACAUUUUAUUUUUCAGUCUAUGCACUUUGAUUGCCAGUGCAACUCUGUAACACUUUCAAUAUUUAGUUUUUUUUAUAGAAAAGUCAAGGAUGAACAUAAAUACAUAUUUUGUAAAUCCUCUUGCCUGAUUUAAGAAAUGGGGUCAUACCAUACACUAUUUCUUCCUCCUUGGUUUGUUUGUUAUUAUUAUUGGGGUACAUGUUAUCAAGUGUCAAGCAAUAUUUUUCUUCUUGGUUGCUAUAUUAAGAUAAGCAAAGGUUGAGAUUUUGUUCAUUCCCGUUUUUUUGUAUUGAGGUUACCGCAGGAUUCAUCGAAUCACUUAAGCGAUGUUUAGUCACUUUCCAUUCAUUUGUUUACCAACUCCCAAAAUUUUCCUGAAAAUGAAUGUUUAAAUU